CUCAAGACAAAGAAAAUACCAAAGAGAAACACUAAAAAAAAUGUCACAUAUUCUCAAUGAAGUUGCAGCCACAAAAUAUGAAAAAUUUGAAGUCAAGUUCAUUAAGAAAAGUGUUGUAAAAGCACUCAAUCAUUUUCCAAAGCCAUUUUCAGUGAUUAAUCUCUCAAAUCUUGAUCUACUUUCAGGUCGUUUUCCGGUUACGUACUUAUAUUUCUACAAAAAACCAAAACUAGGUAACUUCAAAUCUUUUGUUAACACUCUUAAAACCUCAUUAGCACAAACACUUAAUCAUUACUAUCCCUUUUCUGGCCAAAUUGUUCAAAAUCAUAAAACCAAUGAACCUGAAAUCAUUUGUGACAACAAUGGUUCAUUACUCAUUGAAGCACAAGUAAAUAUUCCACUCAAAAAUUUAGAUUUUUAUAAUCUCAAUGAAACUCUUGAAGAUAAAAUAGUCUCGGUUCAACCGAAUUUCCCUUCACAAAUUCAGGUAACUGAAUUCAUUUGUGGCGGAAUUUCAAUAGCAUUUACAUUUGAUCAUGCAUUAGGUGAUGCAACUUCAUUUGGUAAAUUUAUUUCAUCAUGGUGUGAAAUAUCACAAAAUAAACCGAUAUCAUGCAUACCGAAUCAUACAAGAAAUCUUCGCGCGCGUUCGCCUCCUAAAUACCAACCUAAUUUAGAUCAAAUUUUCAUCAAAUGUACCAUAGAAGAGAUACAAAACAUGAAAAUGAAUAACAAUAUUUCGCUUAAACGUCUCUAUCAUAUCGAUGCAUCGAGUAUUAACAUGCUGCAGAGACUUGCUUCGGUUAAUGGAACCAAAAGAACAAAGAUUGAAGCUUUCUCUGCUUAUGUAUGGAAGAUAAUGAUAAACACAAUUGAUCAAAGUAAGUAUAAAAAAUGCAAGAUGGGUUGGUUAGUAGAUGGAAGAGAAAGAAUGAGUGGAAGCGAAAAAUCAAUGUCGAAUUACAUAGGUAAUGUAUUGUCUUUGGCAUUUGGUUCGGCGAAAAUUCAAGAAUUGAAAGAAGGUUCAUUAUCAAACAUAAGUGAAAUAGUUCAUGAUGCAAUUUCAAAGGUUAGUAAUGAGGAACAUUUUUUGGAUUUGAUUGAUUGGAUUGAGUUUCAUAGGCCAGGUUUGAUGCUUGCAAAGGCGGUAUUAGGACAGGAUGAUGGACCUGUCUUGGUGGUUUCUUCAGGACAAAGGUUUCCUGUUAGUGAAGUUGAUUUAGGAUUUGGGAGUCCUUUGUUAGGGACAGUGUAUACUUCUAUUGAAAGGGUUGGUGUUGGUUAUAUGAAUCAAAGGAAGAGUGGUAAAGGUGAUGGUUCAUGGACUGUUUCUGCUAUCUUGUGGCCUGAAUUGGUUGAUGCUUUGAAGAAUGAUCCAAUUUUUCAGCCUAUGACUGCUUCUCAUCUUCAACUUUAGUAGCGUAUUAUGAAGCACAUACACAGACACCCAGAUAUGACACUUAUAUGUAGACGGUGCAAUUAAUUUGAAAAAAAAAGAAGGAAAGUGAUUGAAUAUAACUACCAUACCAGUGUUGGUGUCGUGUUAGUGUAAGACGCUUAGACCCCGACAUGCCUUUAGUAUGUAGUCUUAGUGAUGCUUUGGCAGUGCAUUGUUAUUUAUCUUUGACUUGUUUGUACAUUAGUUAUGGGAAAUUUGAAUCUUAUAAAAUUGUGUUUAUUUUUAUGAA